AUGUCACACAAAGCGCGCACGGAUUGCGAGGCAGAGGUGCGAUCGUGGGGUUUUCCUCACGUUUUUACCUGGACGGACGGCCCCAACGCCCACUAUAAACCACAUUCUCAUGCUGGUUUGACAACGCAUCUGAUCAUCGCCGGUCAACUGACUAUCACGUACCCUAAAGAUCCCAAGCCCGAGAAGACGACGUAUAUCGUCGGCGACCGCAUCGACGUCGAUGCUGGCCGCGUCCAUGAGGUGUGGAUAGGAGACGAGGGUUGUACUUACGUUAUUGGAGAGUGA